AUGGACGAUAUAUUAUUGAUCCCAUCAAAGAACUUCGAGGAAGGUUUACAGAGACUGGAAGAAGUAUUACAGCUACUAAAGCAAGAUUUGUUGCAGAAAAAUGUAGCAUGGUCGUGGAACAAUGAUGCUCAACAAGCAUUCGAAAAAGUCAAAGAGUUGCUAACAGUUCGACCUAUUCUUGCGCUGUGUGACCCCAAGGCAGAUGUAGAACUACACACAGAUGCAUGUAAGGUAGGUCUAGCAGGAAUACCUUUUAAAAUUUACACGGACUGUAACGCGCUUAGAACAACGUUAACCAAAAGGGACUUGAUACCCCGGAUAUCUCGCUGGUGGAUCCAGCUACAGGAGUACGACUGCACUAUAGAAUAUCGUCCCGGAACUCGCAUGAUGCACGCAGACGCCCUUAGCAGAAACCCGAUAAAUAACACAGUGAGUGAAGAGCAUGUUCUAGAUGUCUUAGCAAUCGAAAAAUCGAACUAUGAUUGGAUAUCAACGGUGCCGUCUGCUGAUGAUCCAUCUAUUGAAAAACCCACGGAUAUAGGGGAGCGGGCUUUACCAGCAAAACAUUCCAAGACUUCGUUAAAUCAUACGACAUUUGCGACUCCUAGAGCAAACGGUCAAGUCGAAAGGUUUAACAGGACAAUUUUAGACGCGCUAGCUACAUGCAGUCAUGGCGAAUACGAGAAGUUCUGGGAUGAUGAUGUUGAAGAUAUACAGAUGAAUAUGAAUAUUCCGGAUUUUGAAGAUUUCUUCAAUAUAAUAAAAUACAAUUUUUGGUUCAUCGGCAUUCCUUUUGAUAAGAGGGAAAUAAAGUUGAGAUAUUUCAUUCUUCUUAUUAUUAUAACAACUACAGUCUCGCAGGAGGCGGCGUUCUUUUUCUCGAAUAUUUCGGCGGAGAACUUUCUCAAGUUGACACAAUUGGCACCAUGCACCUGUAUUGGGAUCUUAUCAAUUUUGAAAAUUAUAUUCACAGCUUUCAAAAAACAAAACAUUUUCAAUCUAUGCCGAUUCCUUAACCAGUUGUAUAGUAAAAUGCUCGACGACCCGUCAAAGAGAGAAAUCGUAAGACGGGAUUUUGCAUUUUUGAAAAUUUUCGUGAAAUAUUUCUUCAUUUUGAAUUUGGUUCCAAUCUGUAUUUACAACUUUUCCACGCUGAUAUUUAUGUUUUACUAUUAUUAUACAAAAAAUGUUAUAGUUUAUAGUUUACCAUACGCACUGCUUUGUCCAUUUCCAACGGACGUGUGGUAUACGUGGAUAUUCGUAUAUAUUCAAUCGAUAUCUGCUGGUUUUAUAUGCGUCCUAUAUUUCACGACAGUGGAUGCUCUAUACUACGCAUUGACAUCUCAUAUUUGUGCUCAGUUUGUCUUACUUAGUGAGGAAAUUCAAUGUUUGGACGAAAAUUCAUCGCACAGUCUAGUUGAGAUCGUUAAACAACAUCAAUAUGUUUUGAAGCUAUCUCAAGAUCUUGAAGAGAUUUUCCGUGGAUCUAAUUUGGUCAACGUUCUGAUUGGUUCAAUAGAAAUAUGUGCUCUUGGGUUCAAUUUGGCUGUGGGACAGUUGGCUCAAAUACCGGGAGUUCUUUUGCUGUUACUAUCCAUUCUGAUUCAAUUAUUGAUGGUCAGUGUGUUCGGAGAAAAUCUUAUUCGAGAGAGCGCGAAGAUCGGGGACGCUGCAUUUCAGUGCAAGUGGUAUGAUAUGGAUGCGGUGGCGAAGAAAAGUAUUUAUUUCUUAAUAUUAAGAUCAAACAAACCACAGCAGUUGACUGCUUACAAAUUUUCCGUCAUAUCCUACCAAAACUUUGCGAAAAUUAUCAGCACAUCGUGGUCUUAUUUUACCAUUCUGAGAACUAUGUACUCCCCGGAAAACAACGUAGUAUAA